AUGGACACCGGAGGUGGUUUAAUUUGGACACAAUGUCAACCUUGCAAGAGAUGUUUCCCACAAAACCUUGAAAUCUAUGAUCCUAGAGCCUCCGCUACUUAUGUCAGACUUCCUUGUAGUCAUCCUCUCUGCAAUGGUGAUGGCAGACUCUAUGAUUGUAUAAACGGUGAAUGUGUCUAUGAUGCUCAGUAUGGUGGUGGGGCCACUACCAAGGGCGUUGCAUCCCUGGAAUCAUUCCAAUUCUAUAUUAGUAAUGCUCAUACGCAAACUUUCAACAAUGUAAUCUUUGGUUGCUCGAAUGAUAACAGUGACUUUUCGUUCCAGCAACGUGAUGUUUCAGGGAUCUUUGGAUUAAGUUUGUCUCCAGAUUCAAUGGCGAGCCAGUCUUCUUCUUUAAUUCACAGACGAUUCUCAUAUUGUUUGGUCCCUUUUCGCGAUGCAAUGCCGCAUCCAGUCAUCCUAAGGUUCGGAGAGGACAUUCCGCAGCUGCCUCCAGGACAGGUUCAAACAACAUUAUUCGUGUACUCAUCACCGCGUAGAUACUACUUUUUCUUCCUGGAAUUGUUGGAUAUAAGUGUUGCAAACCAUCGUUUAGGAUUUCAUCCUGAUACUUUCAGAACUAGGCCAGAUGGCUUAGGUGGUUGUUACAUAGACUCUGGAGCUUUACUCUCUCAAAUUGAUGUCAACACUGUUGGGGUCAAUGCUUAUGAAGCAGUAAUGACAGUCUUUGCAGCUUAUUACGGGUCACGAAAUCUUAAAAGAACAACAGGUCCAGGAGGAUUUGAGUUGUGCUAUGAAACUCCAGCAAAUUAUCAUGAUUUCGCAGCAAUAACAUUCCAUUUUAAUGGAGCUGAUUACAGCGUAUAUGGGGAAAAUGGGCAUUUCAUCGACCCUGCAAAUGGGUUUUUCUGCGUAGGAAUACUAAGAGGAGGAGGUGGAACUGUGCUAGGAGCAUGGCAUCAACAAAAUAAGCGCAUCAUUUAUGAUGGAGGGAUUGGUGGACUCCAAUUUGCUGAUGAACAAUGUGUCAAUGAUAUUCUAUGA